AUGGGGGGAAGUGUCUUUGAAUUCAAAGUGAUGGAGCCGGAGCAGCGGAAGGGCGCCGGCGCCCUGGACUUUGCCUACUGGACCUACAGAAUUCGUGUCUCCACGACCCUCUCAACGUAUGCUCAGAAGGAGCUAGAGGUGGUGCGGCGGUACAGUGACUUUGAGUGGUUUCGCGCUCAGCUGUGCGAGGCGUAUCCGUACUGUAUCGUCCCACCCAUUCCCGAGAAGGAUGUGCAGGGAACACUCGACAAAUUUGUGGGAUCCGACUCGCAGAGUGCCAACCGGCUGAGGGACUACCGACAACGCGCUUUGAGGAAAUUUCUCGUGCGGCUUGGCGCCCAUCCACGGCUGCACACCUCGCACCUGCUGAAGGAUUUUUUGGAGAUGAACGAAGAGGAAUGGGGGAGAAAAAUGAAAGCAUCCGGGAAGAAUUCCGAUGGUUUUUUCUCCACGGCACUUGGCGGGGGUGCCAGCCACGCUCUCACAAGGCAGUGGAACGCCGGCGGUCCGGUGGCGGAAGCCGGGUCCAGUUAUGCGCGCAUGCUAGCGAACUCCAGCACAAACCUGCAAGUGUGGGAAGAGACGGGUCUGUACAUUCAUCAUCUGGAGGACAACAUUAAGAUGCUGCGGGAUCGCUUGCAAACACUUGUGGAUCGCCGCCGCAAGACUGGCAAUGCCCUGCAUGAGUUUGGUGUAGCCUUUGAAAAGGUCGGCGAGAUUGAGCGAGGCAUUGAAGUCAACCCACUGAGUAAUGCUAUUAUUGCCGCGGGGCAGCACAGUGAACAACUAUUUUCAAUUUAUAACGAUCAUGCAAAUGAGGAGAUGAAGCAGGUUGUUGAGACGCUAAAUUACUACCAUGGUAUGUGCGCCGCGGUGCGUGAGACGCUCAAGAGGGUUCAGAGCGGAGCACGUCAUGUGGAGUCACUCCGGCAGCAUGUAACUGACGUUGCCGCCCAAAAGGAGCGGGCCGUAGGGAAAGGUGGGCAAACUGAACGGGUGGUAAAGCUGGAAAAUGAGCUGGCAGAGUUUGAAGAACGCUGGAGCGCAGCUAAGAGGGAGAUGGAGGCGGGUGAAGCCAUCUUCAAGGACGAGCUUCGCCGCUUUCACCAGGAGAAGCAGUAUGAUAUGAAGGCUAUUCUAAAGAAUUUUGCAGAGUUGCAGCUAAAGUAUUCUGCACGAAUGAAAGAAACUUGGGAAAGCCUGCGCCCCACGGUGGACGCGGUUCAGUUUGAGGGCAACGGAGGUGGCCAAGCGACUACCCUAAGGUGA